AUGGCAUAUGUUGAAACUAGACAACCAUAUUAUGACCCGGUCAUAUCAUUAGUAACAGAUCCUAAUUUAAAUAAAGAUCAAACAAAAUCCACCGAAUUAAUUCGACUAAUUCAAAAUAUAACAGAAAGAAAGGUUUCAAAAUUAUGUUCAUCAGCGUUUAUAAUUUUACAAACUUUAGAUAAAUUACAUUUAAAAUUAAAAAGUUGGGAAUUUUUAUCAUUAGAUUAUAAUAGUCAAUAUCAUUUCGAACAAGAAAGUAAUAGCGAUAUUAAACAAUUUAAUACUGGUGUUGCUGAUAAAGUUUUAGUAGCAUGUACUGAACUUAAUCGAAAAAUAUCGAAAAUUUCUUCCGAUAUUGAUUUCAUAAGUAAAUCAUCAAGAACGUUAACUCCUAUAGAUUUGAUAUCUGAUAGUGGGACCAUGCUAACUUCAUUAAUCCUUCGAAUAAUAAAAUUAAAGAAUGAAUUAACUGAAUUAUUAUCAAUUUCGUACCUGAAAGCGAAAUUGAUCUUAAUUGGUCAAGAAUUGGAAGUUAUAAUGAGCAACGAUGACGAUGAAGAAAAUAAAGAUAGAUCUACAGUAGAUGCCUAUAAGGCAUUCAUAUCGGGAUUAUUGCGUCAAUUGAACGACGCCAUAGAUCAAGCUGAUAAUGACGCAAAAUAUGAAUGUUUAGCUAUGAUCAAUGAUAUGGAAAGAAUGUUUGAAAAAUUCAAAUUAGAAAGAAUGGUGGAUUCAAUAGAACAAUCAUUGAUUGAAGAGACUGCAUUGGUCACCGCCACAACUCCAACACAUGAUGAUGCCCAUCUCCACCCACAACAGCGUAGGUAUUCCGAUGUGACGUACUCUGAAUUUGAUUUCGAUUCUUCAGAUUCAGAUAUUAAUACUUCAGUAUCACAACAGCAACACCUUCAUGCGCCUAUGGUUCAUUCAAUCACGAGAAAUCAACCUAAAGAUUCAUUGUCGGCCGCAUCCACAAGUUCAUCAACUCAUAAAUCAACAAUCACUGAUGAAUUACCCUAUUUAAUGACAGCUUUCAGUUCAGUGAAAAAUAUGGAAGAAGAUAUUUCACAUUAUACCAACACCAAUUCCCCUAGAGGACCAUUAUCGCCUACUUCAAGUUCCAAUCGGUCAUCACCACCUUCUGGUAUUGCAACGGCAGCAUCAUCAACUAUAUUCAGAAAAAGUAGUAUGCCAUUAGGACCAUCCCUACCACCCAAUUUCAAUGAACAACAACAACAACAGCAACAACAAGCACAACAUAGAAGGCCAUUUUUCCAUAAGGCAAGUCAUCUACCUCAAUCUAGUUUAUAUAGUGAAAGUAGUAUAGUUGGAGAUAAUAUUCAAGCCAGGUUACCCAAUCCAUAUGUCUUGACAAGUAAUUCAUCAUUUUUGUCAAAAUUAGGGAUCCGUCCCCAGGUUAUUUCCGUGCCCCUGGAAAAUGCUACCACCAGUACUCCUGGUAUUAUGAUUGAGGAUAAGAAGGUAGCGGAAGAUGAUGAGGAUAAAGAAAAUCAAGAAAAGGGGUUGAGAUUACUUACGACUGAGAAUUUAAGAAGUCAUGAGAUUAUGAAGUUGGAUAUGAUAGAAUCAUUUGAUGAUGAUAUUGAUGAUUAUGUAGAGUAG